UCCUGAUUACCUGGUGCACCGUAUGUUUAAAGAGAGGGGAACAUUCACUUUUCUGUAGGUCUUAAGGACCGACAUUGUGGAGUCCGAAACGCGUAGACAUCGUGGAUCUUGUAUGAGAUUUGUGUUUGGAUAAUUGUUUUUUUAUUGUUAUUAAUAAAGCUGCAAUUUUUUUUGAGAAGCUGGACCACAAGUUUUUUCUUUGGAUUUCGUUUGUAUACAGUCAAGUCCGGACUAGGCCAGAGCUUUCGUGAAAGCAGCAAAGGAGGCAUCAUGAUAAGAAGACUAAACACUUGCAAAAUCUUAAAAUCAGGUCUUCUAAGUGUCAUAUGUUUGGCAUUGUUUUACAUCUUUGAUGGACUCAACAUCAUGUUGGACACAUGGAAGCAGUUCCAACAUCAUGUCCAUCUUCAAUCCUUCACAAGUCAUAUUAUUAUCCUGAACUCUUCAUCUUCUGCCACAAAUCACUUGCGAGUAUAUCCUUAUCCACAUCCUUACAGGUUUCUAAUUAACCAACCCAGAAAAUGUCUGACACGGAAUCCAUUCCUACUUCUCCUGGUGAUCGGAGAAAGUCAGGAUGUGAAAGCUCGAGACACCAUACGGAUGACUUGGGGAAAUGUAAGCAACUAUAGAGAUGUUGACGUUAUGAUGCUCUUCUUGGUUGGAAUCUCUCCUGUUAUGACUGGGGCCAUACAGAGGCUCCUUGAAGAGGAAAGUACCAUUUAUGAGGACAUUGUUCAGCAGGACUUCCUGGAUACCUAUCAAAAUCUAACUCUGAAAACUUUAUUGGGUAUGGAGUGGGUGACAGAUUUCUGCCCUAAUGCCUCCUAUGUGAUGAAGGUGGACAAUGAUGUCUUUCUCAAUGUCAACUAUUUGGUCCACCAACUUCUCCAUCCAGAUCUUCCACCUCGUACUAAUUAUGUAACUGGGUUAAUUGUACGCCAUACAGGACCUAUACGGGACAAAGAAAGCCAAUGGUACAUAUCUGAGGAAGUUUACCCUGGAGACACAUACCCACCAUACCCUUCAGGUCCAGGAUACGUGUUCUCAGGAGAUAUGGCCCAAAAGAUCUAUAAAGUAGCUCAAGAAAUCAUAUUCUUUGGCAUCGAAGACGCUUUUAUUGGCGUUUGUUUGUACAAACUGAAUAUUUUACCCACAAACCCACCAAGAAAUAUGUUUAAUGGUUACAAGAUCGCUUAUCACCCCCAUACGUUUUGUAAUCUGGUCACGGUUCACCAUUACAAGGAUAAUGACUUGAUAAAAGUUUGGCAACAGUUGUGGAGAAAGGGGGUGUUUGUGUGUUAAUUAAGAGAGAACGCGUAGGUUGUAAUUAUCUCCAUAAGGGCUCAUGCACACGACUGUAUGGCUUUUUCAGUGUUUUGCGGGCCGUUUUUAAUGGAUCAGUUUUUCUGUUUUUUGUUUCAGUAGUGUUUCUGGUUCCAUUCUUCUGUUCCGUUUUUCCGUAUGGCAUAUACAGAAUACAGUAAUUACAUAGAAAAAAUUGGGCUGGUCAUAGAAUUUCCAAUAGAUGCUUCCGCAAAAACGGAACUGAUACGGAAGACAUACGGAGUACACUCCGUAUGUGUUGUUUUUUUUGCAGACCCAUUGACUUGAAUGGAGCCACGGAACGU